UCUAUUCUGUAGUAAAUUUUGUGUCUUCCGUGAACUGUAGGGAUAUGACCACAUGCACACAGGGGAUUUUGAGUCAAGCCCAGCUACGUAACUUCACUUACAACAUCUCAAAGGAAGUGUAUGACCCAGAAUUCUUGGCCAGACCUAAUGCAGCCACCAGUGAUCUGACAAUUCAGUACGAUUAUUUUGAAUUACUUUGCCCUUUGCUGGUGUAUCAUGAUAUGCCAUGGAUGCCAAGAUUUGAACUUUGGGAGGACGACACGUUUGUGGAAUAUGUGAAGGCAGAUUUUGUGUUGAGAGAAAUUCAUGGGAUGCACAAUUACCAGUACUUGCAGACCGCAAAGAAGGCAAAGUGUGUGUCUCAGCCUCAAGACUGGAAUUUGUGCACCAGCUUAUGUCAGGCAAUGUGUGGAACAGAAAG